UGAAUAAUAAUUGUAAAAGUUGUAAAUGCACUUUACAUUGAGUGAGCAAUCUCAAAGUGCUACAGUAAAAAAACACUAUAGAUAUACCACUAUCAUUUUUGACAUACGGCUAAAAUUAAAUGAAAAUCAAUUAUCAUAAUCUGCAUUCAAACUGAAAUUCUUAUUGUUGGUUGCCUUUGUGUAAUUUCUCCUUUUUCUUUUCUUUUCUUUCCAGGUCAUCCUGUUCAGUGUCAGGCUAAGAGUGAGGAGAAAUAGAUUAGGUGUGUCAGGUGGGGCCCAGCAGAUUGGCCAGAGGGGGAGACCGAGGCAACGUUGGAGAAUAUGAAGAGGGAUCUGCUGAACAUCUACUCAGGCAUGCCAUCUACUCUCUUUUUGGAGGAAGGAAUGAGUGGGGCAGGGAGAGCAGAACCAAUGAUGGAAAAGACAUACGUCAUCCUGCGGAAAUACCUUAACAAAGUGCCUGCUGCAGCGAUGUCUGAGAUCAAACAGGAAUGGCCAUUUCUCUUCUCUCAGAAAUGCCUAUUCUCACACUUUGGCCUCCUGACGGACGUCGAUGUCCUUCAGAAGCUACAGGAGGCAAUUAGUCGACGAGGACAGACCAUCCUGGAUUACUGUGCAACACUGGACAACCCCAAGAUCCGUGAUGUUCUGGCCUGCUAUGAUCCAGACUCUGACAAGGCUGCCUGCAUCCUGCUGCUCCUAAUGUUGUACUUCAAAGAGCCGAAAGAGAGUUUGAUGCUUGAAGUUGAUCCAUGUGCCACUGCUGUGUACGUCAAUACUGCAGAACUCCCCAGCACCCCCUGCUUGAUCAUUCAAGGUGACAUGAUGAAGCCCUCUGGAUGGCUUAUAUCCAUCGAGGGACAUGUCGUGAUGGGCCCACACCCUUUCUUUUUACAUGGAGUAGCUGCUUUCUUCAGCAGCUAUUACGUCUUCAACCUUGAGUAUCCUGCCUCUGGAUCGUCGACGCUGGAGUUCAUUCAAAGGUGCUUCCUGGGCAUCAAUCCUGAAAGAGGCUCAAAGACCAAGAAGCGGACAACAAUGAACCCUCAUGUGAGCACCCUUUUGAGGAAACUUAUUGACUUUGAGUGGGCAUCAUAGUUUUUGUUUUUUGCAGCGGUAGUUGUCAGGCUCAGUUUUGAGUAGCCUUGUUCUUUUUGUAAUUUUUCAAGACAACUUUGCACUACAAGAUUUUUACACAAUGCUGUUGCAUGUGGACUCAUUAUAAUGUUUGAGACUGAGAGGAGCGCCUCACCCCUUUAAGACAUUCCUUCAUCGCUCUCUCCCUUGCUCUCUUAUAUUGCCAUGAAGGCCUCAUUCCCAUCCUGUCCAUUACUGUUAUUGUGACACAGCUAGUUGAAUAGUUGAAUUGUGAAACAGGUAGUUGAAUUGCAAGUUUGCACAAUUUCUCUGCAUUUUCUGCAUUUUAAGAUGGCUUUUAUGACUAGAAAGUUGAAUUUCUUGAACUCUUGAAGUUCUUGGCAUCUGCUGCACAUUGAAAAAUAUUUAUUUGUUAAUAAAUAUGCCAUUGGGCUAACAUUGAA